AUGCCAGACGGAACGGAUGACUGGGCUGCCGACUGGGACGCCUCGGACUCUGGCGGGUCCGAUACAGAUCUCCCCCCUCCGCCGCCAUACCUGAAUCCCGACGCUGAGCUCGCCAAGUCGCUCGAUCUUACUCGAGUAUGGGAACCGGCCGCUCUAAAGUUUACGGAAACGCCCUUUACGAUUGCGCAGCGGCAGAAGCAGAAUGCGGCUGCGAAUGCCCGCAUGAGGCCUGGGGUGGGGGGAGGGGCGGGAGCAGGGAAGGGUACAGAAUUCGGGAAGGAAGUCACUUUCCGAGCGGGCGAUACACCACUCCUUCUCGGACCUUCAAGAACCACAGCGUCGAACUCGGCUGCUGCAAAAAAGAAGAAUGCGGCCUCGACGGCAACUCAGGCGAACGGUCUCGGCGAUACGGACGAACAGCCUCCGAGACGACGUGGACCUCGGCCUGCUCGGUCGAGUAAUCUCUUUGGCGACGACCCGCCGGCCGAGAAGGCGGCUGCGAAGAAGAAGGCGGACAGGAAGUGGACCAAAGCCGAGGUGUACGGGUGGAAGGACGCGAAUGGGAACCCUAUCCCUUCGUCCAAACCCGCCAAGAAGGGGAAACAGCAGCCUAGUAUAUUGGAUAUGUUGGAUCAGCCGGCGCCGAAGGGAAAGGCGGCGAAGGGUGGGAAAGGGAAGGGAAAGAAGGCGGCGGCGAUAGGGGCGGAAGUUACGGUCAAGGCGGUAGGAGCGGGGAUGGAGUUGCCGGAGGUGGAAGAGGUCGUGGGCAAGGGGAAGAAGAAGGCGCCGGCGAGGAAGAAGAAGGUCACUAUUGCGGAGGAGGAGAAUGAGGAGAUCGUCCAAGGGAAAGGGAAGGGAAAGGCCAAGGCUGCCCCGAAGAAACAAGAAGACGACAGCGGUAUCCCCGGUAUUGAAGAUAUCGAUCCGGCCGAAUUCGACAUCUCACCGCCCGACAGCCUCGUCCAGGCCGGUCCGAGCAAGAAGAAGUUCAAGUCCAAGGCGAUCGUCGUCGAUAGCGAGGACGAGGGGGACCUCGACGUGGAGGAGGCGGUGGAGCCGAAGGGGAAGAAGGGCAAGACGGCUGUCAAGCCAAAAAAGGCUGCGGUGGUGAGCAAGCCGAAGGCGAAGGGGAAAGGCAAGGCCAAAGAUGAAGAUGCGAUCAAGUUCUCUUGUCUGCCCGUCGGCGCCGAAGCGAGCGACGACUACCCCAUCCUCCGACUCCUCGAGCAUCAAAAGUCCCUCCCCGUCAAGCCCAAGCCCAAGCCCAAGACCAAAGCCGCGCCUAAAGUCCAAGCUGGAACCAAAUCCAAAAAGUCCACCACCUCGGCGCUCGACGACCAAGCCGAGGAAUUCCUCCGGACACUUCAAGCGGACCGAGCCAACAAUCGCGCCAGCACGGGAAUGAACAUCGACGAGAUCCUCCCUCAGAUGGUCACUUCGCAUCUCGCCAAGCGGAAACAUACUGGCUCGGAGGGCGGGGGCAGCUCUAUCGAUCCGGAGGAUACGGACGAUGAGCGUUCGGGAAGGGGCGGGGAUGAUGGGGAGGAGGAAGAGGGAAAGAAGGGGUUGUUGAGUCGGUAUUUCUCCGGAACGGGGACGGGCUCAAUGGCCGAUCACGCUCACCAGCAUGGGGACCCCGAAGAUCCGCCGACGAUCACCAAGCUCACCCGCUCUGGCUCCGGUGCAGGCUCGGGCUCGGUCGAACCCGUCGAAGUGGCCGACUCAUCCAGCGCCCUCCCGCAUUCGUCGCCGCUCGAGUCCCGCGCGCUGAGGCGUCAAGACUCGUCCCUUGUCCACCCGCAGCCGAUUCGGAAGAUCCCUAUCCCUGCUCUGCCGAACGCGGACAAGUUUGAUCGGUUGGCGAGGCUGGCGGAGAAGACGAAGAGGGAUGAGGAGGAUGGAGGGGCCGGGGGAAGGGGAAAGAAGGGCAGGGACGUACCGGAUAUGACCUCUUUCAUGAGGAUGGGCUACACCAAAGUCGCCCCGCCAAUGUCCACCUCCCGGGUCCGCGGCCGCUCCCCGCAACCCCAAAUCGAGAGCCGAUUCCGCCCUCCUCCGAACGUCCAUCCCCUCAAACCGUCCCUCGACGAGGAGAGCACCGAGAUGUUCCGGUCGCCGGCUUAUCGGAAACGGCUCGCUUCACAGGCCAAGGCUAAGGCCGACGCAGAUGCAGCGGCAGGAGCCAAGCCCGAUCUCAGAGCAGAGCAGAGGCCUCAGCUGGAGUGGUCGACAUCGAGCAUUGGUCUUCUAGGGCAGAGAGGCAAGAAGCGGGCUGUGCCGGACUAUGGUCACAGCGCCAAUGGGGAUGGGUACGACGAUUCUCCAGGGUACGGCUCGACCUCCAUAUCGGCACGGGGCGGGACCUCGAACUCUGUGGAGAUUGGCACGGCACGUACCAUCAGCCAGCUCCCCAAGAAGGGAAACCUCUUCACUCCUCAGCCUCCGAAAAUUACCGUCCCGAUCCCGAAAUUCCGGACUCUGGCGAGCGCGGAAAAGUCGGCGGCGAUGACAGGGCAGUAUGGCGCUGCAAUGUCGACGACGAAGGGGGAGGCGGUAUUGGAUCCUUAUGAGCGGGCGAAGAGGGAGGAGAUGGCUCAGCGGGGUGUAUUAGGAGGGAUGGGAAACGGGCGGUCCAACGGGAACGGUUUCGGCUUCGGUAUCGGCUAUGGAAACGGGAACGGAAACGGACACAGAGGCGGAACGGUCCGGUGGGCGGAUACCGACCCUUCCUCGGAGACUAUCCCUCUCCCAGGCCGGUACGACAGCUAUCAAACUCUCAGGCCAGCACUACAGAAGGGGAAGGAACAGGGGAAAGGGGACGUGAGGCCACGGUACAUGCCUUCGCUGGCUGUCCCUUAUGGCCGAGGCGGGAAUGGGGAGGGGGUGUCUGCGGAGGAGAGGGGAAAGCGGUGGCAAGAUGAGUGGAAGCUGCCGAGUAAGAAGCGGGGUAGGGUGGAUGAGGAUCGGCCGGUCUCGAGCUUUGGGCAGAGAGCGGAAGUUGACUUGGAGAGAGACGGGGAGUGGAUGGGGAAUGGGAAUGGGAACGGCACCUCGGCGGACUACCCCGCGACAUCCUCAUCUGGUACUCGAUACCCCAGCAGCGGCGACUACCCUACUCAGCGCUGGAAGGGCGAUAUCGACGAGGCCGAUCUGUACGACACUUCCUACACCGCCCCAGCGGUACAGUCUGCGUCGUUCAUGCCGGCCAGUACCUACCUCGACCAGCCAGAGUCUAUCGUCGAAUCUGAACCUACCCGGCGCUCCGCUCCUACCUUCCCUCGAGCCAACAAAGCGCCCAUCGCUAGUUUCUCCGCUUCAGCGCGGCGCGCCCCCGCUAGCUUCUCAUCCUCCAACGGCAUAGCUGGGCACAGUGAUCCCCACGGGCAAAGUAAGGCGGAGUGGAGGGACGAUACUGUGGAUUCGUAUUUGAGGGGUGGACAAGGGUGGAGGGAUGUCCAUCAGCAAGGAGAGGCUGGGCCGUCUAGACUGGGCGGGUACAAUGGUGCGUACGGAGGCGGAGACGACGAGGGGUGGGAGUAUGGAGGAUAUGGGGAGCAGGGGUAUGGGCAGAUGGGAUAUGGCGGAGCGAGGGAGAUGGACUGGGAGGGAGCUAGGGCAUGA